GUCAGACAUCGUGGCUAUAAAAUGGUUUGACAGACUCUGUGGAAGAAUUGACAAGAAUAACUUAUGUCUAUUUGGGGUGAUGGGGUUCAGUCAAGUGGCUGCAGUGCUGCUGUUGGUCGUGGUGUUUGGCUGUGUUAGUGAUGCUUGGAUGUCCAGAUGGUUUUAUCCAAGAUCGGGGUUUCUGCAUGACGAUGAAGUUUCAGCACAGUUUGACACUCAGAAGCGAGUGCAAGAAGACCCUGUGGGAGAGGACCCUGUGGGACAAGAACCUAGCGAGCCCGUUGUCGUUCCUGUGGGGCAGGAACCCGGCAUCGAAACUAGCCAGGCUGAAGACCCUGAGAGCUUCCAGUCCAAGCAGACAUUUGAGAACCCUCUGACUUGGCUCUAUCCUACGAUUGAGAAGCAUGUGCGCAAUUCUACAGCGUUUCAGCGGCUAAAGCAGGUGGCAGCCUACGGUGUGGUGGCCUGGUGUGGGAAAAGUCUGGUCCGUGUGGAGGUGAAACAGGAACUUCUGGGGAUUGGCCGGCUCGUCCAGCCAGAGCGUAUCACUCUAGGAGGCUGUGCUGCCAUUGAGGAGGAUGCUGAAGCUCUUGUGCUCACAUUUGAAUCAGAGCUGCAUGGCUGUGGCAGUGAGCUGACGAUGACUGAGGAUGUGCUGAUCUACACCUUCAGUCUUGUCUAUGAGCCAAAACCUCUUGCUAACAUUUCUAUAUUGAACACCAGUAAAGCUAUGGUUGAUAUUGAGUGCCACUACUUGAGGAAUCAUGAAGUAAGCAGCAAUUCCCUGAAGUAUGCUGUAGAACCUAGCAAUCCUGCGGGCCGAGAACCUAGCCAGGUUGUUAUAAAGCCUGUGGUAGAGCCUGUGGGCCGGGAACCUAGCAUAGAGCCUGUGGGCCAGGAACCUAGUGAGCAGCCUGUGGGCCAUGAUCCGGUUGGAAAGCCUGGACAGGAACAUAGCAAGCUUUUGGGUCUAGAAACUAGCAAGCCUGUGGGCCAGGCAGCUGGAGGGCAGCCUGUGGGCCAGGCAGCUGGAGGGCAGCCUGUGGGCCAGGCAGCUGGAGGGCAGCCUGUGGGCCAGGCAGCUGGAGGGCAGCCUGUGGGCCAGGCAGCUGGAGGGCAGCCUGUGGGCCAGGCAGCUGGAGGGCAGCCUGUGGGCCAGGCAGCUGGAGGGCAGCCUGUGGGCCAGGCAGCUGGAGGGCAGCCUGCUGGCGAGCCAUUGGGUAAGGAACCAAGUGAGAUUUUGGGUAAUGAACCGAGUGAGCAACCUGUGGGCCAGGAACCUAGUGAGCAGCCUGUGGGUCAGGAACCUAGCCAGCCUGUGGCCCAAGAGCCUGUGAGCCAGGAACCUGUUGGAGAGCAUCCUGUUGGCGAGCUUGUGGGCCAAGAACCAAGCCAGCAGCCUGUGGGCCAGGAAACAAGCGAGCCUGUGGGCCAGGAACCUGGAGAGCAGCCUGUGGGCCAGGAACCUGUUGGCGAGCAUCCUGUUGGCCAGCCUUUGGGCAAGGAACCUAGCGAUCCUUUAGGCCAAGAGUCUAGUGAGCAUGUUGGAGAGCCUGUUGGCCAAGAUUCUAGCGAGCCUGUGGGCCAGGGACCUAGUGAGCCUGUGGGCCAGGGGCCUAGUGCGCAGCCUGUUGGCGAGCCAUUGGGUAAGGUACCUAGCGAGCAGCCUGUGGGCCAGGAACCUAGCGAGCAGCCUGUGGGUCAGGAACCUAGCCACCCUGUAGGUCAGGAACCUAGCCACCCUGUAGGUCAGGAACCUAGCCACCCUGUGGCCCAAGAGCCUGUGGACCAUGAACCUGGAGAGCAGCCUGUGAGCCAGGAACCUGUUGGAGAGCAUCCUGUUGGCGAGCCUUUGGGCCAAGAACCUAUUGAGCCUGUGGGCCAGUCACCUGUUGGAGAGGAGCCUGUGGGCCAUGAGCCUGUGGGCCAAGAACGUAGUGAGCCUGUGGGCCAUGAACCUAGCGAGCCUGUGGGCUAUGAACUUGGAGAGAAACCUGUGGACCAAGAACCUAGUGAGCCUGUGGGCCAGCAACCUGUUGGAGAGGAGCCUGUGGGCCAUGAGCCUGUGGGCCAAGAACGUAGUGAGCCUGUGGGCCAUGAACCUAGUGAGCCUGUGGGAGAGCAGCCUGUGGGCCAGGAACCAAGUGAGAUUUUAGGUAAUGAACCUAGCGAGCAGCCUGUGGACCAGGAACCUAGCCAGCCUGUGGCCCAAGAGCCUGUGGGCCAUGAACCUGGAGAGAAGCCUGUGAGCCAGGAACUUGUUGGAGAGCAUCAUGUUGGCCAGCCUUUGGGCCAGGAAGCUAGCGAUCCUUUAGGCCAAGAGUCUAGUGACCAUGUUGGAGAGCCUGUUGGCCAAGUUUCUAGUGAGCCUUUGGACCAAGAACCUAGUGAGCAUGUAGGAGAGCCUGUGGGCCAGUCACCUGGUGAGCAGCCUGUUGGCUAUGAACCUGGAGAGCAACCUGUGGGCCAGGAACAAAGCCAGCAGCCUGUUGGCGAGCCUUUUGGCCAAGAACCUAGUGAGCAUGUUGGAGAGCUUGUGGGCCAUGAACCUGGAGAGCAGCAUGUGGGCCAGGAACCAAGCGAGCAGCCUGUGGCCCAAGAGCCUGUGGGCCAUGAACCUGUAGAGCAGCCUGUGAGCCAGCAGCCUGUUGGUGAGCCUUUGGGCCAAGAACCUAGUGAGCAUUUUGGAGAGCCUGUGGGCCAGCAACCUGUUGGGGAGCAGCCUGUGGGCCAGGAACCUAGCGAGCAGCCUGUGGGCCAGGAACCUAGCCACCCUGUGGCCCAAGAGCCUGUGGACCAUGAACCUGGAGAGCAGCCUGUGAGCCAGGAACCUGUUGGAGAGCAGCCUGUUGGCGAGCUUUUGGGCUAUGAACCUAGUGAGCAUGUAGGAGAGCCUGUGGGCCAGUCACCUGGUGAGCAGCCUGUUGGCUAUGAACCUGGAGAGCAACCUGUGGACCAAAAACCUAGUGAGCCUGUGGGCCAGCAACCUGUUGGAGAGGAGCCUGUGGGCCAUGAGCCUGUGGGCCAAGAACGUAGUGAGCCUGUGGGCCAAGAACGUAGUGAGCCUGUGGGCCAAGAACGUAGUGAGCCUGUGGGCCAAGAACGUAGUGAGCCUGUGGGCCAUGAACCUAGCGAGCCUGUGGGCUAUGAACUUGGAGAGAAACCUGUGGACCAAGAACCUAGUGAGCCUGUGGGCCAGCAACCUGUUGGAGAGGAGCCUGUGGGCCAUGAGCCUGUGGGCCAAGAACGUAGUGAGCCUGUGGGCCAUGAACCUAGUGAGCCUGUGGGAGAGCAGCCUGUGGGCCAGGAACCAAGUGAGAUUUUAGGUAAUGAACCUAGCGAGCAGCCUGUGGACCAGGAACCUAGCCAGCCUGUGGCCCAAGAGCCUGUGGGCCAUGAACCUGGAGAGAAGCCUGUGAGCCAGGAACUUGUUGGAGAGCAUCAUGUUGGCCAGCCUUUGGGCCAGGAAGCUAGCGAUCCUUUAGGCCAAGAGUCUAGUGACCAUGUUGGAGAGCCUGUUGGCCAAGUUUCUAGUGAGCCUUUGGACCAAGAACCUAGUGAGCAUGUAGGAGAGCCUGUGGGCCAGUCACCUGGUGAGCAGCCUGUUGGCUAUGAACCUGGAGAGCAACCUGUGGGCCAGGAACAAAGCCAGCAGCCUGUUGGCGAGCCUUUUGGCCAAGAACCUAGUGAGCAUGUUGGAGAGCUUGUGGGCCAUGAACCUGGAGAGCAGCAUGUGGGCCAGGAACCAAGCGAGCAGCCUGUGGCCCAAGAGCCUGUGGGCCAUGAACCUGUAGAGCAGCCUGUGAGCCAGCAGCCUGUUGGUGAGCCUUUGGGCCAAGAACCUAGUGAGCAUUUUGGAGAGCCUGUGGGCCAGCAACCUGUUGGGGAGCAGCCUGUGGGCCAGGAACCUAGCGAGCAGCCUGUGGGCCAGGAACCUAGCCACCCUGUGGCCCAAGAGCUUGUGGACCAUGAACCUGGAGAGCAGCCUGUGAGCCAGGAACCUGUUGGAGAGCAGCCUGUUGGCGAGCUUUUGGGCUAUGAACCUAGUGAGCAUGUAGGAGAGCCUGUGGGCCAGUCACCUGGUGAGCAGCCUGUUGGCUAUGAACCUGGAGAGCAACCUGUGGACCAAAAACCUAGUGAGCCUGUGGGCCAGCAACCUGUUGGAGAGGAGCCUGUGGGCCAGGAACAAAGCCAGCAGCCUGUUGGCGAGCCUUUUGGCCAAGAACCUAGUGAGCAUGUUGGAGAGCUUGUGGGCCAUGAACCUGGAGAGCAGCAUGUGGGCCAGGAACCAAGCGAGCAGCCUGUGGCCCAAGAGCCUGUGGGCCAUGAACCUGUAGAGCAGCCUGUGAGCCAGCAGCCUGUUGGUGAGCCUUUGGGCCAAGAACCUAGUGAGCAUUUUGGAGAGCCUGUGGGCCAGCAACCUGUUGGGGAGCAGCCUGUGGGCCAGGAACCUAGCGAGCAGCCUGUGGGCCAGGAACCUAGCCACCCUGUGGCCCAAGAGCCUGUGGACCAUGAACCUGGAGAGCAGCCUGUGAGCCAGGAACCUGUUGGAGAGCAGCCUGUUGGCGAGCUUUUGGGCUAUGAACCUAGUGAGCAUGUAGGAGAGCCUGUGGGCCAGUCACCUGGUGAGCAGCCUGUUGGCUAUGAACCUGGAGAGCAACCUGUGGACCAAAAACCUAGUGAGCCUGUGGGCCAGCAACCUGUUGGAGAGGAGCCUGUGGGCCAUGAGCCUGUGGGCCAAGAACAUAGUGAGCCUGUGGGCCAAGAACCUAAUGCGCCUGUGGGAGAGCAGCCUUUGGGCCAAGAACCUAGUGAGCAUGUUGGAGAGCUUGUGGACCAUGAACCUGGAGAGCAGCAUGUGGGCCAAGAACCAAGUGAGAUUUUGGGUAAUGAAUUCAGCGAGCCUGUGGGCCAGGAUCCUAGCGAGCAGCCUGUGGCCCAAGAGCCUGUGGGCCAGGAACCAAGUGACAUUUUGGGUAAUGAACCUAGCGAGCAGCCUGUGGGCCAUGAACCUGGAGAGCAGCCUGUGAGCCAGGAACCUGUUGGAGAGCAUCCUGUUGACCAGCCUUUGGGCAAGGAACCUAGCGAUCCUUUAGGCCAAGAGUCUAGUGAGCAUAUUGGAGAGCAACCUGUUGAAGAGCUGCCUGUGGGCCAGGAACAAAGCCAGCAGCCUGUUGGCGAGCCUUUGGGCCAAGAACCUAGUGAGCAUGUUGGAGAGCUUGUGGGCCAUGAACCUGGAGAGCAGCAUGUGGGCCAAGAACCAAGCCAGCAGCCUGUGGGCCAGGAACCGAGCGAGCCUGUGGGCCAGGAACCAAGUGAGAUUUUGGGUAAUGAACUCAGCGAGCCUGUGGGCCAGGAUCCUAGCGAGCAGCCUGUGGCCCAAGAGCCUGUGGGACAUGAACCUGUAGAGCAGCCUGUGCGCCAGGAACCUGUUGGAGAGCAGCCUGUGGGCGAGCCUUUGGGCCAAGAGCCUAGUGAGCAUGUUGGGGAGCCUGUGGGCCAGCAUCCUGUUGGAGAGCAGCUUGUGGGCCAGGAACUUAGCCAGCAGCCUGUUGGUGAGCCUUUGGGCCAAGAACCUAGUGAGCAUGUUGGAGAGCCUGUGGGCCAGCAACCUGUUGGGGAGCAGCCUGUGGGCCAGGAACCUAGCGAGCAGCCUGUGGGCCAGGAUCCUGUUGGAUUGCCUUUGGGCCAGAAACCUAUCCAGGAUGAAGACCCUGAGAGCUCCCAGUCCAAGCAGGCGUCUGAGAACCCUUUGACUUGGAGCUAUCCUGAAGUUGCAAAGCCUGAGCACAGGCCUACUGUGUCUGAGCGGCUGAAGCAGGUGGCGGCCAACAGUGUGUCGGCUCAGUGUGGGGAGAGUGUGGUCCGGGUGCAGGUGAACCAGGACCUGCUGGGGAUUGGCCGGCUCAUACAGCCAGAGCGUAUCACUCUAGGAGGUUGUGCUGCCACUGAGGAGGACGCUGAAGCUCAUGUGAUCACCUUUGAAUCAGAGCUGCAUGGCUGUGGCAGUGAGCUGAAGAUGACUGAGGAUGUGCUGAUCUACACCUUCACGCUUGUCUAUGAGCCAAAACCUCUUGCUAACACUUCUAUAGUGAAAACCAGUGCAGCUAUGGUUGAUAUUGAGUGCCACUACUUGAGGAAUCACGAUGUGAGCAGCAAUGCCCUGAAGCCAAACUGGAUCCCCAACAUUUCCAACAUGGUGAAAGAGGAACUCCUCUACUUCUCCCUGAGGUUAAUGACUGCUGACUGGCAGUUUGAGAGGCCCUCCAAACAUUACUAUCUUGGUGACAUGAUCAACAUGGAAGCCUCGGUCAUGCCGUACCACCACGUUCCCCUCCGUGUCUUUGUGGACCGCUGUGUCGCCACCUUGGCGCCUAAUGUCCACACUGUCCCUAGAUAUUCUUUCAUUGAGGACCAUGGGUGUCUGGUUGAUGCCAAGUUGACCGGCUCCAGCUCCCAGUUCCUGUCCAAAUCCCAGGAUGACAAGAUCCAGUUUCAGCUGGAGUCCUUCCGGUUCCAACCACAGAUUGAUUCCCAGCAGCUCUACAUAACAUGUCAUCUGAAAGCAUCUGCAGCCUCUUCCCCCAUUGAUGCUGAGAACAAGGCCUGCUCUUUCACAGAUGGCUGGAAGGCUGCUGGUGGGGAUGACCUGGUUUGUGGCUGCUGUGACUCCAGCUGUGCUGUGAGCAAAGCUAGAGAUCUGGACAGUGAUUUAGAUAUGCAGAAGGAAGGUGAAGCUACCUUGGGCCCUAUCAUGGUCCAUGAGUAAUAUUACAAGAAUCUUUCCUAUUUAACUCUUUGAGGAGAAUAAAUCUGUUACAAUGUU